UCCUCUGCCUCACUCUGCAGCUUCUUCUCCUCCCCUCUACUAAAUCUCUCUAGUUAUCCAAUCACCACAAAGUAAAGAAACAACGAAAAUUGAAGCAGCACAUCGAUUCAUCGAGAGUACCAAUUCAAUUCGGACAUGGCCGUGUUCAUCAUCGCCAAUAAUCCUUUGGCGCGCUAUGCCGUCUUGUUUGCUGCUGCUGUCUUUCUUGUCGCCGCCGCGCAGGCACAGCCUACCACGCCCCCGCCGCCGCCGCCGCCGGAGAUGGACUGCAACGGUAUACUCCUCACCUACAACCUCGAUCGCCGUGACAAGAUCAGGCCAUUCGUCGCCGCACCCGAAGCCGACGCCCAGCCCUACUCCUUCCGCGCCACCGCCACCGUCCUCAACUCCGGCACCCGCGCUCUCCGCUCCUGGACGCUGCGCCUCACCUUCCACCACCGCGAAAUCCUCGUCCAACUCGAUGGCGCCGUGCUCACCUCCGGCGCCGACCUGCCCUACAACACCACGGCAGACAACGCCACCUCCUUCUCCGGCUACCCGCAGACGGACCUCCUCACCCCGAUCGCCACCGCCGGCGACCUCACCAAGAUACAGGCCACGCUCAACCUGGUCGGCACGCUGUUCGCGGGGCCACCGCCGUACGUCCCGCUCCCUUCCGCGCUCUCGCUCGCCGACCCGUCCUACACCUGCCCGCCGGCCAUCAACGUCUCCACGUCGACCCUCUCAACCUGCUGCAUCCUCACGCCGGAGGCCGCGGCGAACGCGAGCGCCGGCGACUUGGACGCGGGCAGGGCGACGUCGUACCUCCCGCGCGGCGCGGGCGACCUGGUGAUCACCUACGACGUGCUCCAGGCGCACGAGACCACGUACCUGGCGCAGGUGACCCUGGAGAACGACGCGCUGCUGGGCCGCCUCGACGGCUGGGAGCUGUCGUGGGAGUGGCUCCGCGGCGAGUUCAUCAGCUCCAUGCGAGGAGCCUACCCGCGCCAGGUCGGCGCCACCGACUGCGUCUACGGCGCGCAGGGAGCCUUCUACAAGGGCCUCGACUUCUCCAAGGUGCUCAACUGCGACCGCAAGCCGGCCGUUCUUGACCUGCCGCCGUCGCGCCGCGGCGACGAGGACAUCGGAGGGAUCGACCACUGCUGCCGGAACGGCACCAUGCUGCCCAAGUCCGUGGACGCGGCGCAGUCCAAGUCGGCGUUCCAGAUGGAGGUGUACAAGAUGCCGCCUGACCUCAACCGGACCAAGCUGUACGCUCCGGCCAACUUCAGGGUGUCCGGCGCGUCGCCGCUGAAUCCGGAGUACGCGUGCGGGCAGCCGGUGCGGGUGACCCCAACGGAGCUCCCUGACCCGAGCGGGCUCGCGUCGACGACGCUGGCGCUGGCGACAUGGCAGGUGGUGUGCAACAUGACGGCGGCGCCGCCGUCCAAGCCGCCCAGCUGCUGCGUGACCUUCUCCGCGUUCUACAACGAGUCGGUGAUCCCUUGCAGAACCUGCGCGUGCGGCUGCCCGGCGAGCCCCGCGGCGGCCUGCAGCACGACGGCGCCGUCGAUGCUCCUGCCGCCGUACGCGCUGCUGAUGCCGUUCGAGAGGCGGGGGAGGGAGGCGGUGUGGUGGGCCGGCGAGAAGCGGCUGGGGGUGCCGAGGCCGAUGCCCUGCGGCGACAGCUGCGGCGUGAGCAUCAACUGGCACGUGGCGACGGACUACGCCGGCGGGUGGAGCGCGCGGGCGACGCUGUUCAACUGGGAGGGCGCGGACGUGGCGGAGUGGUUCUUGGCGGUGGCGAUGGAGAAGCAGGCGUACGACGGGUUCGAGCAGGCGUUCACGUUCAACGCCACGGCGAUGGGGAACGGCACCACCAUGAUCUUGAUGAAGGGGAGGGAAGGGUUCCAGUACCUCAAGAGGGAGAGCAACAUGAGCGGCGUCGACUACCCCGUGGCCGGGAAGCAGCAGUCGGUGCUGCUGUUCACCAAAAAGAGGAGCGGCGGCGGCAUCGACGUGGUCGGCGGCGACGGGUUCCCGACGAGGGUGUUGUUCAACGGGCACGAGUGCGCCAUGCCGCAGAGGAUUCCGAGCAGUGCCCAUCGUCGUUGUCUUGUCCUAUUGUGGACUACUCUUCUUGUAUUCAUGUCGUCCAUUCUACUGGUGUUGUCGCUGCUGUAAAAACGUUCAACGCGUCGCUGGUAGAGGAGACAGGAGGCGCUGCUAGGAUGGUUUGUGAUAUGAUGUAUGGCGGCGGUGGGGGUGGAGAUGAGAGGAGGGCUAGGGUUGUGAUUUAUCGCUAUUAAAUUUUGUAACACAUUCAGACAUGUAAAUAAUCUCUAAUGAAAAUGUUAUCAACUACAAAAUCAUACAUCA